AUGGAGGUGUUGCCGCCAGAGGUGUGGGUGGACAUACUGGGGUGGGUAGAUGGCGCUGUCGAUGUCGUGCGACGCGCAGUGGAGGCCCAAGCGGGCGUCGAGAGGGCCAAGGUCGACUGGCGGCAGCUGUGGAUCGAACACCGCCGGCCGAGUCUGCGCUGUGCGGUCUUGGGCGCCGUCGAUAGCGGCAAGUCGGUCCUCCUCGCCAAGCUCGCGCUCCAUCUCGGAGUCGUAACUCACGCAGAUCUCGAGAGUGCGAGGCAAGAAUGCAGCAACUUUGGGUGGUCCGCACCCGGUGCUGACUACGUGCGGCUGAGCGAACAGCUGCCUCGAGCCUUCAAGUCAGCGGAUCACGACGCUUAUUAUGUGCCGAUGGAGACCGACCACACGCGAUUGGCCAUGAUACUGACCAAUCAUCACUCCCAUGGCUCCCUCGAAGCUGGCUACUUCUACACCGCGAAAGUUCUGCAACAGCUGCAGGAGGCGGGGAAGCGCGUCGUGGUGGUGGUCAACAAGCUCGACCUCUUCGAAGAUCCCGCUCGGCGGUGGGACGAAGCCCUCGCAAUGUUGAUGCGUGUGUGGAGAACGACGUACCAUGAUUGCUUCGUUCCCGUGUCUGCCAAGAGCGAAGCCAACCUCUGGGCAGGGUCUCCUGGCUUCGGUUGGUUUAAAGGGCCGACCCUGCUGGAGGCCGUCCAGCGGCUGCCACUGCCGCGACCCGGGAGCGCAGAGGCGCUGGAGCUCCAGGCUGAGGCUCGGGCGCAAGAAUCGCGCCGCCAAGGUCCUUGUGGCGCGGUGAUUCUAAACAGCCGCAUCCGGCCUUAUGACCAAUCGUUUUUGGUGCUCGUGGCUCUGGGCGUUCUGCGCAAGGAUUCAACGUUUGUCAUGACCACCACGUCCGACCAAACGGCGUCUGGUCCGGUGACAUUUUCCAGCAUCACUGACAUCCACGACCGCGAGAGGCCCUUUGCGCUGCCUGGGGAGGUGGUGCAACUCCGACUGAGCGCCCCCAUAUCACUGGCAGCCGACCUUGAUGACUCCACCGGCUUCGCAUUUGUUGAAAAAUGA